AUGCAACAUAUAGCAACUGCUGAUGAAACUCAUAUGUCCCACGUACAGGCAGUAAGGUCGAAUGUGUUCAAGUACAUGUUGGACUCCGAUGAAUGCAAGACUUUAGUAGAGAACUCAAUUACUAUUCCUGACUUGACUUACGAAGAACUCAAAGCUCUCCUCGAGUUUUUCUGUAGCGGGAUCUUAAGCUCCGCCAACAAACAACACGCUCGAGCGCUCUAUCUUGCAGCUCAUAAGUAUGACAUACCAUAUCUCCAAGAACUUUGCAGAGACCAGUUAAUCUCAUCUUUGAAUCAGAGCAACGUUCUGGACAUUCUUGAGCUGUCCACUGUCUCUUCCGACAAAAUCUUGGAAAAAACUGCGAUAAGGAUUGUCGUAAUUAACAUGGAAACGAUCAUUUAUGGCGACAGAUACAAAUCAUUUGUUAGGAAGAAUCCUGAUCUAGGUUUGGAUAUCACAAAGAUCUUGCUUGAUUAUAUAAAGUCGAGGACUUCACGAGGUUUGCCUCCUAUUCCAUUAAUCUGA